AUGUCGUCGGCGACGGGAACUCUGGUCCAUACAUUGGGUCAUAACUGGCUGGGCAAGGCAGAUAUUGCGGUGCAGACUAUUCUGCUCGCUACUGUGUUUGUGGUGGUUGGUCUACGACUAUGGUCACGACACUUGCUACGGAUAUCCCAGCAGAGGAACGACUGGUUGAUCGUGGCAGCUACGAUAUUAAUGCUGAGCCGUUAUGUUGUGGAGCUUCUUCUCGUCCUUCUCUGUGGGAUGGGGACCCAUGCCGAUGAAGUCAGCCGCGUCGGAGGAUCCAAGGCUUUUAUACGCUUCGACGAGCUCACCUAUGCGGGCGACCUCAUCUGGCUCACGGUGGUUGCCAUAGUCCAGCUAUCUAUAUUACAUUAUUAUCUUCAGAAAUUCCAGCAGCCAGCCAUCAUGUGGUUGACCUACAUUGUGAUCGGGCUUUGCUCGGCUCUAUGGAUGGCAGGCUUGCUGGCAACCGCAUUCCUAUGUGAUCCGCCACGAAAGAUCUGGCUGACCAGAGUAGAGGGGCACUGCGGUGAUCGCAAAUUGCUGCACACUGGCUGUGCGGUGACGCAGCUCAUCCUGAACACCUUCAUCUUGCUUUUACCGACGCCCAUCAUUCGGAAUAUGCAGUUCCCCCGGUCUCGGAAGCUUGGACUGGGUGGUAUAUACCUCUUGGGGCUCAUUUUUCUAUCUCCCAGUAUCAUCGCCCUCUUUGCAGUUCGCAUCAAGAUUGAAUUCAUUCUCGAUCCAGGCGACCCAACUUACGGCUCGGCUCGGAAAUCCCUUUUGUCAAAUGUUGUAGCUCUGUUGGGCAUCAUUGUCGCUUGUCUGCCGGUACUGGCACCGGUUCAUCGAAUGACCGCCAGAUCGAACGAGUGCACGAUGAUGACCGAGGGGCCCAGCGCUGAGCCGGUAUCUACCAGGUAUUGGAAAGCAACUGUGUUGUCGGGAGGACAUAUGGAGGAACCAGAUAUCCCUUUGGUUACUGUCACCCAGCCCCCCAUCGCGAGGAAAUUCAACGAAUGGGCUCUCGGGCAGAUCAAAAUUACCUCCGAUUGGGAAAUUCAUUCGACACGGAACUCAGCGCGGCUCGAGCGGGAUUCUAUUCGUCGCGGUUAA